AUGGACGUGAAAUCUGCGCCUUUACCACCGUGCCAGAUAUGCCAGGUGCGCCAGGCUCCUCAUCGAUAUGCUCGUUGGGGAUUGCCCCUGGCUGUCGCAGUGUUGAUUCUGUUAGUCUGGCCUAUCCCACUAUCCUCAUGGAAGGUGGAUGAUCCUUUGGACAUUCCAGUCACCUGGGCGGAAAUCGUUCCGUCGCAGUCGCUGGAAUACCACAAUUGUGGCGAUGAGUUCCAAUGCGCGAGACUAGAAGUACCCAUGGACUACCAACGGACAGAUGGAAAAGGUCGCUCAUUUGCCCUGGCUGUUGUCCGACUGCCUGCCAAAGUCCCAGUCACCGAUCCGCGGUAUGGGGGCGCAGUGCUGAUCAAUCCUGGUGGCCCUGGUGGCCCUGGAACAGUGCAAGCAUUCGAGACGGGUCGAAAUCUCCAGCUGAUCAUUGAUGCGGAGGUUGACCCAAAAGAGACCGGAGCAGAAACUGGGAACAAAUACUUUGACAUCAUCGGAUUUGAUCCUCGUGGAGUAGGGUCCACAACACCUCCAGUGAUGUGUUUCCCUGACCCCGUAUCUCAAAGGAAUUGGGAGUUACAAGUCUCCGCGGAAGGCAUGCUAGGAAGUGGACCGGACUCCUUGCAGAGAAACUGGCAGCGGACGCACGCGCUGAACUCAGGCUGUUCCGUAACCGAUCGGUCGAGUCUCGGAGCAGAUGAGCCAAUGAUGUCCUAUGUCAAUACACGACUUGUUGCGCAGGACAUGCUAACCAUCGUCGAGCGCCAUGGAGAAUGGCGUGAGAAGGAAGGCCUAAGAGCCCAGAAAGCCCACAACAGGUGUCAUGGACUGGAUGAAGCAGACGCGAUCUUGAAGCGCACUACAUGGCACCGCGGCAAAGAGCCACUUCUCUACUGGGGUCGCUCAUAUGGUGCCCUGCUAGGCACCACCUUUGCAUCGCUCUUCCCAGAGCGAGUCGGACGGGCCGUUCUCGAUGGCGUAGUCGACAUGGUGAAGUACUACCAAGGAAAAGGACCGAACGUUGUUGCUGACGCGGAUGCCAUCUUCGAUCGAUUUUCCCAUUACUGUGAUGAGGCUGGACCCGCGGGAUGUCCCUUCUAUGUGGAGGGUGGUCCAGACGCCAUCGGCGCAGCCUAUUGGCAACUUGAGCAGCAGAUUUUCAACAACUCAAUCCCUGUCAUAGCAUCCGCAGAACGCGGACCAGAAGUUGUAACUUGGACAGAUAUCAAAGCGAUUCAGCGUGUUGCCAUCUACCAACCUCUCCUUGCAUUCCCCAUCCUGGCAGAUAGAAUGACCGAAUUAGGCAAGGGGAAUGCAGUCCCCAUGGCUGACUUCAAACAUGGUAGCCACUUCAGUGCUUGUCCGUCCAAAGACUGUAGUCUCGCUGGACCUUGGUCCCCUGAAUGUGCUACAUCGCAGGAUAACAUGCUCUACGCCAUGGCCGCUAUCAUGUGCUCGGAUGCUGAACACUUGACCACUCCGAAUCGUGAGCAGUUCCAGGCAGAUUGGUCUAGCCUUCUGGCAGAUAGUGCAUGUCUGGGGGAUUAUUUGGCGCAAUUGCAAUUGGGCUGUGUUGGAUGGAAAGCCAAGGCCAAGUACCCUUUCACAGGGCCGUGGGGCGCUGCUACCGCUCAUCCCAUGCUAUUCGUAUCGAAUACUCUGGAUCCAGUGACCCCUCUCCGCGGCGCCCAACACAUGUCCCAAAUUUUCCCAGGAUCUGGAUUGCUACAGCAAGAAUCAGAAGGACACACAACACUCACAGCCCCAUCAAUUUGCGUGGCCAAGGCCAUUCGCCAUUAUUUCCAGACCGGUGCACUUCCAACGGAAGGAACUCUGUGCGAGGCCGAUUUGAAGCCUUUGGUUGGAUCACCACAUCAUCUCGCGAAGAUCACUCAGAGCCUCAAUCCAUCUGACCGUAGACUGUUCGAGGCAUUGAUGGCAGAGGUUCAGCGAUCGCCUCUGUAUCCGCUAUGA